CUGGUUUGUGUCAGGAAGGCACAGAGAAGCCACAUCCUGACUGGUGUUUUAUAUCCAGCGACACAGACACCUUGCAUUGAAAAUAUAAGCUAUUGUUUCAAGUAUGAUUGGCAGCGAAUCUGACUUACCGAUCGCAUACAGGAUCAGCCUGGCGGUUCUCUACCUGCUUGUCUUUAUUGGUGGGAUCGUCGGAGUGAUCAUAAUGAGCACCACCAUUAUGUCCAACAUGUUGUCUGUCACCAGAGUGUCAAUGAUCAAUCUGCUGGUGCUGCACUUGAUCUUUCUCCUCACUGUGCCCUUCCGUGUCUACUACUAUGUUGCCAACAAAUGGGAAUUAGGCCCCUACUUUUGUAAGCUGGUCAGCAGCAUGCUUCACGGGCACAUGUACCUCAGCUUCAUUUUCUAUGCCAUCAUCCUCUGCAACCGAUACCUGACUUACUUUGAAUGGAGACAUCGACAGGAAUUCUACAGAGAGCUGCAUGCUGUAAUAGCCAGUGUGACUAUCUGGGCCAUCAUUUUGGCUAUUGUUAUUCCUUCUACCAUCAAUUAUGGAACAGGAACGGAUAAACCUACUUUAAUAACUAAUAAUGUUACUCAGUGCUUUGCAUUUGGAACUGCUCUUAUUAAUAAAAAUGUAAAAGUGAUGAACUACAUCAUCUGCUCUGUGGUGCUGCUGAUCUGGGUGCUCUUAGCGUCAUGUCAGUUUUACAUAAUGUGGCGCGUGCGCCAAAAACAUGGAGAAUUCCGAUGGGUUCAUCAGGAGUUCUGGGCUCAGAUCAAGAGCCUGUGCUUUGUGUUGAUCAUGCUCAUUUGCUUUGUGCCAUAUCAGGCCUUCAGGAUCUACUAUGCAUACACAUAUUGGCCUGGACUUGAAAAAGUCAAUGAGGUUUUCCUGGCAGUCACGGCUUUCAGCUGCUUUGACAUGCUUUUGUUUGCUGGCAGGGAAGUGUGUCAAUCGGCUUACAAAAUGUGUUGUAUUACAUGAUGUGUUAUUGACCACUGACCAAAAGAACAAUGCCUUUCCUCCCUUUAGCUUGAGUUUUGGCAUUAUCAGUUGAACAAGUGCAUUUUUUCAUCACAACCUUAAAUCGUUUAUGAUUUAAAUAAUGUUUACAAAAUUAAAUUUAUUUUUUCAUGUCAAAGAUUCACUAUUUACAUACUUAGGGUGAUUUUUGCAAAUAUACUAUAGACUACAAAAGUAUGUGGACACCUGACCAUGACACUUAUAUGCUUAUUAAACAUUUCAGUCCAGGACUCUUUGCUGUUAUAAUAAGCUCAAUUGUUUAUUCAUUUCUGUCAAUUCUGGAGAAUUUGUGGAAAUUUGUGCUCAUUCUGUCAUUUCGUUAUGUCCUGUGUGGUCAGGUCCUGAGGUCUUGGGUGUAGUCAAUGUUCCAGUUCAUAAUAAAUGUGGGGUUGUGGGGUUGAGGUGUCCACUUAACUUUUGUAAUCGCCUUUCAUUUAAAGUAAUCAGCUUGUGUUGUGCCUUUAAUCUAUUAAUCAUCCAAUGCUGUGAUUUAAUUUAGUUAAAUUACAGUUGCUACAAAGUGUGAGCUUUAUAUAGAUUAGCCAGGAUACCUGUCACAGUCUAUCACAGGGCACAAUCAUACACAAAUUAAUGUAGUAGAAAUUGAAAUUUUCUUACCUUGUUUCUUUUAAUGCUGAUUUCCUGUCAUGCCACAUUAUGCCAAUAUUAGUAUCAUGUGUGGUUUUUAUUUUGUUCUUCAGGAAAUGACCAUUAGGACUAAGGGUUUGCUGGUGAUUAAAGCUGUUUUCAUUUACUCAAUAUUCUCAGACAUACCAAGACGUAAUUUGUGUC